AUGGGCUUUAGGUUUCUUUUUGGCAUAAUUACCGCCAAUUUGCUUUUGCAAGGUUCCUGUGCUCCAAAUUCGUAUGUCGCUAACAUGCCUGUAUUUGAAUUUUUCAAGUCACUAGAUAUCAAUUCAAUGGCCAGACUCUUGGCAUACAAAAAUCGGUUCAUGAAACCAAAGCGUAAUACCAGGCCACAAUUGGUCGGGGAAUGGGAAUAUAACAAGAUCAAUAAAAAAUGGCCAGAGAGACUUGCAGUUUAUGGGUACGGAAUCGCAGAUAUUCAAGCACGCGGAGAUGGAAGCUGCAUGUUUAACACCCUGAGUAUCAUUUUCAGAACUGAAGGAAUAACCAAAGAAAAGAUUAGACAAAACAUAGAUAAAACGAUGCCACAAGGAAUUCACAAUGGUAUAAUGGCAAUCACAAGUAAAGGCGACUUCUUAGAGCCAAUUGAGCUCAAGAGAAUUUCCAUAAUUUCAUUCUUUGGUUGUGAUCCAGAUGUGCCUGAAUCUUAUGCACACUAUAACCAUGACCACCUAUUGCAAGAGAUUGGAAAGAUAGCAGAAUCCGAAUGGUAUGCCAAUGAAGAGGCCAUGAAGCUGCUUGGAAAUAGUCGAGCACCAAUAACAGAAGGUUGGGACGUCAAAAAGACUUACGAUGAAUUGAGGACCGGCACAAAUCAACGUGAAGCCGCUUUAGCAUUGUUCAGGACACUUGAAAAAGCUCUACAAGACCGUUGGGGUGAUUAUUUAGAUCUAAAUCUCCUGGAACGGUACUUAGGGUUCAAAGGUAUUACAUUUGGCCAUGAAAAUACCGUUAUCGGAUGCGGAGAAAUUCAGCGCGACUUGAAUCCAAAGUUUUUUGUCACAAUUUACUACUUUAAAGAGUGUCACUUUGACGUAGCUGGGCUCUUCAACCUAGACGAACAAGCACCUGUCAAACCAAAAUCACUUUUCAGACCCGAAGAAAUACCAGUUGCAUUAGCUAUACUUAUGACUGAUGAUUGUAAAUUAUAA